AAAAACGGAAAGUGGAAAUCGCCCUACUAUAGUUACAAAUCGUUUUGGUGCUUCGAAUAGCGAGUAAGUUCUGUCGUCGUCCCGUUCAUGUGUGGUGUGUAGAUUGUCGGUUAAUUAAGUCUAUGCUAAGGAACGCGAGGGGUCAAAUUAACGAAAAUAAUACGUUCAUAAAGCAAAGGAUAAAAAUGUACAUUUUUGCCAAAAAGUUAAAAAAAAACAAGCAAAUGAAAACUCAUAAGAGAGAGAGUGCGAGAGGUAGAUCUAUUUUCUAAGCUGGCUGCCUUGCUGCACGGGGUUGUACGUGCUCUCUGACUAGCCGGAAACAGAUAACAGAUGAUAAACAGUUAUCAUAGAUCCUGCCACAGGAAGCGAUUGUUCGAAUUUAUCUCAUUCAGCAUCGCGAAGGUACUUUUGUGUCGGUCGACGAUUGGGUUCGGCAAUCGGAUAAUAGGAGAGCAUAAUGAUUGUAGCGAAACAAUUGGUUUACGUGAUGGUAGAGGAAGGAUAUACAUUCUUUUACUUUCAGUCAACCUUUCGAUAAUAGACGAACCCAGGAUGGCCAUCCGGCCAAUCUACCGUGGAUGGGGAUUACAGGCGCCUUCUUACGAUCGUUGAUACUUUUCACUUUCUUUCUAUUCUCUCCUUUAUCCUGCUCUAAUCCGUUCUUCGGACGAAUGGGGGACACUGCGAUUUCGAGGCACACACGCCAUCUAACGAAGGAUGGAAAAUGUCUAAACCUCUCCCCCUACAAAGCUGAACUUUCCAGUGCAUCUCAUACAGCUAGUCUCGAACCGUGACGAUGAUAGCUGUUUCGUGAAGGAUGGAUGGUUCGAUCGAUGAAGCCCGUCGCUGUCCCGAUGCCAUUCAUCAAAUUGUCUCCAUUCUCCGGUCUUUACGCUUUUUUUUACCCAUGUUCUGUUUUCCUAUUGGGUGUGGUGUGUUCUUGGAAAAAGAAAAUCCUUGAGCUACGUUUUUCCUGUUUUUGUUUUCGAAGUGCGAUGCCAUUGCAGGCACACCAAUAAUCUUAGAGAGGCAAAGGAGAGGACCAAGGGAGAGAGUUUUCUUUAUUCUUUCGGCAUAUUUCAUAAACAUUUCAACAAUCAUCAUCAUCAACACUAAACGGAAAUUAAAUGGAAUCAAAAUUUAACCCCUUCUCCUCCCCUACUUGUGCUUGAUCUUCUUCACAUGGUUUUACUUUAUACAAUUACGCUAUCGUUGGAAAGAGUCACCGGAUUGACGCGUCUUGUUGUCCGUCCAUAGGAUGAUGUGGUCAGCUGGAAGUGGAUUCUCUGCUAAUUUCUUGAUGUUUGGGAUUGUGCACUUUCUCCGAACAUACCGGACCCCGUUUCGAAUGUGACCAAACAGAAGAACCCCUUGAGUUGGAUUUAUCAGUUGGGAUUUGAGUUGAGCUUUACCCAGAGAAAGAGAUAGAGAGAGAGAGAGAGAGAUGGCGGUUGUCAACCCGAGAGUGGCAGUCAGUCGCUCGAUGUGAAUAUUUAAAAUUACGAAUAUGGAACCAUAAAGUGGUGAUUAAGCAGAGCAUUGUAUUGUAUUGUGCGUUGCAAAAUGUGCAAAAAGCGAAACAAAAAAUCGUAUAUUGGAACACGCAAAGCGAGAGAAAGAACCAGUUGAUCACUGCCAGCUUUCGUUACCGCGGCACGCGAACUAAUGCCCUUCCGUAGGGGUGGCAGUCCGGGAAGGAGGGAGAGCGUUUUGUCCCCAAAAAGGGGCACUAGUUCCCGUGCGUACGGUCAAGAAGCAAUCAAUUGUAAAUGAAUGAAGUGAGUGAGGAAACGUGGCGAAAUGGAUGGAAACUAAUGUGUACAGAGGCCAGGUUAUUACAAAGUACUUCGUAUUAUCUCUUUUUUCUAAUGAAUUGUCCCGAUGGUGGACGAAUGUACGAGUACGCGUGUGUGUUUGUGUGCAUGGUUUUGUGUGUGUACGUUGAAUGGUUGGCGUGUGCUUCGCCACACGGAGGAGGGAUUAGAUGGUAAUGAGAAUGUAAAGACGGCGGAAUCUUGGCUGAUCCUUGGGGUCAUACACAAGUGGUAAUCGAUGGUGGGGGAGCAAUGUGGCAGAAGGUAGAGCAAAUUUAGCGAAUGUGAGCACGUGUGUUUGUGUGAUGAGUGUGCGAGAGUGAGUUGAAGCGAAGGACUCUUCAUAGAAUUGUAUAAAGUAAAACAAUUUAAUUCGAAAAACAACUUCUUAUUCGUAACAAAAAGCAAACAUUAUUAGAACCCAUAUCAUAAGAGAGACCGAUCGAUCGGAUUCGGAUCGUCGGUUAGCCCGCGCUGAACGGCAACAAUUGGAAAAUACACAAUUCAUACAAUCAUCUGAAACCAGACACCAUUACUCGCCUUUUCUUUUUUUUCGUUUGACACACUAUUUCCGCUUUACAACAAACCUUCCCCGGUUCCAAGUAGCACCAGGAUAUCGAAGGAGCUACCGGGUCAGUAGCUGGUGCUCUUCGGCGGGUUCAGUGUCCUUGAAUCAAGGAUAGUGUUCGUGUUCAUAGCAGCUGCCGACAACUCGCAGCACAUGAAGCAUCGGCAUAUGGACAGUAAUAAUGAACGAGAAUGCUCAGCUAUCAGGUGCUUCUUGAACCAAACUGACACGUUAUCUUUUAAUUUAAAAGAUCAUCUCUCCUCUGACACACUCCUUUUUGGGAUUUAUGCUGCGAUAAGGCAGGCUAGCAUUCAGGAUGUAAAACGUAACAAUUGAAAAUACCUCAGAUUGAGAAGCAAACGCAAACGUACAGGGCAAACGCGGAAGAGAUACAGUCGUAACGAGGGGAAUAUCUAAUCGGAUAUAGAGUUGGGCAUUAGCUGGCAUGGGAAUACUCUCUUCCUACUCCGUCUGCUGCCCCUGUCCACUGACGUAAUGGCAUGGCUGGUGCACCUCUAAGAAAUAACCAAUAUCGAACAUUCCACCGAAUUCAAAUGCGAUGAAUGUGAGCAGCAACACAAGUUCAGUAAUCAGUGCGAAGCCGUGAGCCAAAUCUCACAAAAAGAGAAAACCAAAGCCAGCGUACAAUAGAACUCAGAAGCCUUGGGAGAAAGGAUUCUUUUUGGAAAAUGAAUAGUCCGAACCAACAGCAGCAGCAGCAGACGACGCCCUUCGACAGUCAGGUAUCCGGUUCAUGCACAUUCUUGCUAAACUCAUAAAAUUAACAGGCAAAUAGGCUCGACCGAUUUUCAAAUUUAAGGAAAAAGUAAAACAAAGAAACAAGAAAACCUCAUGAAAAACUUAUUACCGCCUAGUGUGCGAGCAGUGCUCCAGUAGGGUUUAUGAAAACUAAAAAAAAAAAACUAGAAGCAGAACAUAUUUGAACACUU